AUGUCUCGACCGUCAAAAGUCCCAGCACGAUGCGUGGGCAAUCCUGCAUUUAAGCCAGACGAGAUCAUCAAAGACACAGCUCGACUAGAUCAAACGCGAAAUUUGCUCUCCAAGAACGACUUGUACCAGGCAAGCCGCGUACUCCUAGGUCUGCCUGAGCCUGACAGCUAUACAUACCAUGCCAUCGCGUCGGUAAAGCUGGCUGAGGUCCAGCAUGUGGUCAAUUGUGGUGGUGACAACGGGUUACAUGCGUGGUAUAGAGCCGAGAAUGGCUCUGCUGUGAGUUUCAUUUCCACUAGAGCACAACACUAUAUAGAAAUUCGCGAGAAGAGCAUCAGGGAGGCCGUCACUAACCACGAAAUGCAGAGAGAGCCUCCUGCGCAGCCUGAUAUAGAAGCAUACAUAUCAAUUUUUAGCCCAACCACAGCUACAGCAUCCGCCCUCAAGAACUUUGGCACAAACGCAAAGAAGGGCUCGCUCCGAUCCGAAACCGCCACCCAUAUCACGGGAAAAAAGUACAUUCACCCGAUUCUACUAUCAAAAUUAACCAUUCCAAAGUGCAAAUCGCUACCCAUACAGAAUCCAUACUAUGAUUUCUGGGCCUGGUCCUGCAGAAAUCUAGAAUGGUGCGGGCCGAACUCAUCAUCAGAACGAAAGUCCAUGAGUCACCAUGUCCUACCCAUCUUGAUGCACCACUUUGGCUGCGUGACGCCGUCUCAUGAGUCUCUCCAAGUCCUGCGGAUCCUCGCAGACGGCCGGCCCAUUGCAGAUAUCGGCUCAGGAAACGGCUACUGGACAUUUAUGCUGCGAGGGUACGGGCUGACCGUUCACGCGGUGGACAACAUGCAGAGCGAAUGGAGGGUAACGUGGAUAGACGACACAAACAUCACAGACGGUGUCAAAUGGCUGCAGCAGAACAACAAAGGCAAAGACAUGGUGCUCUUGCUGGUGUACCCAGUUGUGGGAGGCGGCAUGGGCGGCGGCGCAGAGGGCAGCUUCACACGUAAUUUGGUAGAUGCCUACGAGGGUGAUACAGUUGCCGUUGUGGGAACACAGAACCGCAAUGGGUAUACGGGAUUUAAAAGCGUGACCAUGGAUGAAUACAUGGCGAGGGACAAGAGGGACUGGACAAAGGUGGUGCAGUUACCAUUGCCUAGCUUUGCGGGAAAGGAUGAGGCUCUGUAUGUGUUUCAACGGGGGAAACGGGCUCCAAAGACCGACCAAUGA